UGUUAAAUCAUACAGACAGUAGUUACAUAGCAGGGCCAACUAUUCUGUUAAGGGUGUUCCUAGACAGACUAACAAAGCGAUGUAUUCUUUUGUUUCUCUCUAAAAGAAGAAAAAUAUAAUUUAAAAAAUAGUGCAUAUUUUCUAAAACAAUAAAUUUAUAGUAUUAAUAUUCGUAAGGUCAAUCAAAAUGAAGCUUCUCCUUUGGGCCUGCAUUGUAUGUGUUGCUUUUGCAAGGAAGAGAUGGUUCCCCUUCAAUGAUGAGGAUUACAAUGACUAUCAUCACCCACUUCAUCCAUCUCUGAAUAUUCCUUAUGGCAUACGGAAUUUGCCACCUCCUCUUUACUAUCCCCCAGUGAAUACAGUCCCCAAUUACCCUGGAACUACUUACACUGAAACCCGGUUAUCUCCGUAUCCCUGGAUUCUAACUGCUCCUGGAUUCCGCUAUGUCUAUCACAUCCCUGGUUUUCCCUUAGCUACUCGGUUGAAUGUUCCUCCGCUCCCUCCUAGGGAUUUCCCCUUUGUCCCUCCUUCAAGGAUUUUUUCAGCAGCUGCAGCACCCGCUGCCCCACCUAUUGCAGCUGAGCCUGCUGCAGCUGCACCUCCUACAGCCACACCUGUAGCAGCUGAGCCUGCUGCAGAAGCCCCUGUUGCAGCUGAGCCUGCUGCAGAGGCACUUAUUGGAGCUGAGCCUGCUGCAGAGGCACCUGUUGCAGCUGAGACUGCUGCAGAGGCACCUGUUGGAGCUGAGCCCGCUGCAGAUUCACCUUCACCAGCUGAACCUGCUACAGCCAAGCCUGCUGCCCCAGAACCUCACCCUUCUCCAUCUCUUCACCAGGCAAAUCAGUGAAAUUCUCUAGAAGAGUACCAUGGGUUCAUUUCUAUACUGAUGCAGAAAUCAGUGAAAUCUACAAAAAUUUUCUUUCUUUUCCAAAGACUAUUUCAUUCUGUUGUAUUCAGAGUAUUCAUCUCACUACAUUGAUUUGUUUGUGAUGAUUUUUCCUUGGACUUAAUUUGUAUUGAAAUAACAUUGAUAAUUCAAUAAAUAAAAUAGAUAAUUUAGACUAAUGGUGAUAAGGUCUGAAUGAAAACUACUCUAGGGAGGACUGAAACGGCAAUCGUUCAGCCUAGUCUGGAGUCCAAUUAUACAACUACUAUAGGAUGAUGUUAGUAUUGGUUUUGAAUGUAAUAGGUUUUUUUCCUGAACAAGCAUAUUUUGUAGUCAAGGAUCUUUUUGUCACAAAACAGUAAAGCAUCUGUGUUUAACCUAUGGUAAACAACAUGUUAAUGAACUAUGCUAUCCAUGACUUAAUGGGCAGUUCAAAUGCGACAUUUACAGUUUUUCAUCUCUUUUAUGCCAGCACACAAUCAAUUCAUCACCAAUUGUCUUUUGAUCUACUUCACAAAAUAUACCCCCAAAUCCUAAUACUUCUAACCUUCUCCACUGCAUCUAGCCAUCUCUAGCUAUUGUUAUCUGUAACAGAAAUGGAGAAAGAGUCUUUUUUUUUUUUUUUUUUUUUUUUGCGAAGUCUCACACUGUCGCCCAACUGGAGUGCAGUGGCGCCAACUCUGCUCACUGCAACCUCCACCUCCCGGGUUCAAGUGAUUUUCCUGCUUCAGCCUCCCGAGUAGCCAAGACAAUAGGCGCGUGCCACCACGCCCGGCUAAUUUUUUGUAUUUUAGUAGAGACAGGGGUUCACUAUGUUGGCCAGGAUGGUCUUGAUCUCCUGACCUCAUGAUCUGUCUGCCUCGGCCUCCCAAAGUGCUGGGAUUACAGGAGUGAGCCACCACGCCCUGCUGGAAUUUCGUGUUAACUGGUCUACCUGCUUCCACCUUUCCUCCACCCUGAUCACAUGCAUUAUCCACUGAGCAGUCGCAAUCAGACGUCCAAUCAAACAUUAUUCAGAUAGGAUCUCUGAAAAGCCUCUGACACUUUUUCUUUUAACAUGGAAUAUAUUCUAAACACCUCUCCAAGGACGCAAGACUUACCUGGGGGAACUAAUUCUAACUUUAUUCCCUAUCAUUCUCCAUCUUGCCCCAUACUCCUGGUACAGCAGCUUUUUUUCUUUUUUUUCCCUUUUCAAAUAUGUUGGUUUUGAUCUUAUCCAAGAACCUUUCCCCUGAUGUAUGAAUAAGUGCUUUUCUACUUUGGGGGUCUCGUGUAGAAAUCCUGCUUCAGAAUGGUCUUCCCUGAACACUCUAUCUACAUAAAUCCCUCUUCUGCAACCCAGUGCUUUUCGUUCUAUUACUGACUUCUUUUCCUUGUAGAAGUUACUAUUACUGCUUUUUACCUUUUUUGAUUUAUUUGUGUGUUGUCUUUGUUGUUACCCUCAUCUUAUCUCCACAAAAAUAUGUGCUCCAUAAACACAGGCAUUUCUGUGUCUUAUUCAGCGCUUUAUCAGGGCCUAUAGCAAUGCCUGGGACAUAUUAGGUGACCAGUGAAUAUUUUUGGAAGGAAAAAAAAAACAGGAAAGAAUGAAGUAACAAGCAAAGAGUGAAGGAAGGAAACAUUUUUACAAACAUUCAGCGUAUUUUUUAUUUUGAAAUAAUUUUGUAUUUUUCCCUAUAUCCUACAUUGGAUCAGAAUAUUACUGUUAUGUAUAGCCAUGAGGACAUGGUCUCAAAAACUGAGAAACUUUCUUAGAUAGUAAAAUUGUUACCUUGAGAUGUUUGCUUCCAUCUUCUAGAGUCCAGUAGGAGCUAACUUUAAUUUGACUUAGCCAAUAAUCUGAAACUAUUAUUAUAGUAUCUGUCUCUCACAGAUAUAUGCAAUAUUCACCUCUAAAUAUUUAAUGAUAAAUUAGUAAUCAUACAUGAUAUUCAUUUUUAAUGAUUAUGUUGUCAAAAUUCAGGCUUUUUGUAUGAAUUGAGGAUUUAAAGAAGAAUUCGUAAAUAUGACUGGAUAAGAAACAACAGGAAGAUGAAGAAGAUGAACCAAAAUAUAAACAUCAAGAGGCUACAAAGUCUUAGCAAAUUAUAAUUGCUAAUGGGACAUUAUGUGGUAUUUAGUAUCACAUUUAGAACUUAGUCAUUUGUUACGUUUUUCAUGGGGCAAGAGAAAGAAUUUAUUCCAAGAAAAUUUUGGGAUUUUUAAAAUAAACAUGACAUCUUAUCACGAGCAACAUUUACAGUUUUUGCUUUUACUACAAAGUGCUGUAAAAUGUUCUGCUCUGACAGUUGUGAGAGUAUGAAAUUUAAGUCUAUCACUACAAUAAUACUUUGUUUUUAGUGUUCAUUUUAUUCCUCCUGACUGCAUUGAGAUGAGUUAGAUUGAGUGAAAGGUAAACACUAACAUUUGAAUUGAUGUAAUUUCCACUGUGGAACAAACUGUUGUUAGUAAAGAGACAUCAGCUUUGAGACACAGAAAAGUCAUCCAAACCGGAAGAUUGGGAACUUCCUAAAUUACUUUGGCUUCCAUUUAUUACAUUCAAUUAGUCAAAAAUGUUGUUAAUUAUACACUUUAAAGGCCAUUUUUGGUAAGGUCUAUAACACAUUCAAAAUACUACAUACAAGUGUGUAUUAUCAUAAAUAAUUCAAAAUAAAGCAUACAUGUAACUACUACCAUCUGGAAAUUUCACACUAAAUUAUAAAACACUUCCAUCACUGCAUAUGUUGUUUAAUGCCCCUUUAUCAAUCCACCUUCUUCCUUAUAUGUAGAGUUAAAAACUACUUAGUGGAUUAGGGUAAUUCAUUCUACUUUUAAAAAUGAUUUUUCCACCUCUAAUGUAUUCUAUAAAACAAUAUUGUUCA